AUGGCUAAUAAUCAACACAAAAGAACUCUUAAAGAAUUGGCUGUAUCAGAUGUCACAUACCAACCAUUAGGCAUCCAAUAUCCUGAUGUAGAUGCUCCAUUUGAGUUAAAAUCUAGUCUAAUCCAUUUGUUACAUAAGUUUAAUAGUAGUGCAGCCUUAACGAGUUCUAGAAGACCACAUCAAGUUGAAGGACUUUCCAUUCUCCUUAGAUGGUGCAGCGAAAUAUUGGCUAUAUUACCUGCAGCCAAGGUCUGUCACUUGUUGGAUAGACAUGAAGAGGAUGUUCCUGGAGAAGUUCUUCCCUGCUUCCAGAGUAGCCACAAUCAGAAAAAGAGAUCAACAACAUUAGACAAUUCAGCCAAGAAAGCCUCUAUGAGUAUUAUCAGUGACCAGCUGCUUAUUCAGUACUUCUAUGAAAGCCUUGCUCCAAUGGAAAGGAGUAUGCUUGAUGUAGCAAGUGGUGGAACUCUCAUGGACAAGAAACCAUCUGCAACCAAAGCACUAAUUGACAACAUGGCAGAGAAAUCUCGGCAGUUUAAUACAAGAGCCAUGGCACCAAUGAGAGAGGUGCAUAAUGUGCAGCAACCAACCUAUAUGGCAGCAAAUUCUAGCAGACUUAAUAGCAGAAUUGAGGAGCUCACUACUUUUGUGAGACAACUAGCUGUUGUGCAACAAACUGUUCCACAAGGAAGGGUGACCAGAGACUGUCAUAUUUGUUCCUCCAUAGAGCACACCUCAGAUUAUUGUCCUUUGCUGCAUGAGAGUAGCCAACAAGCCUCUGGCCACAGAGUUUUUAGUGAAAGACAAGACCAAUACAGAGUUUUGAAUUUCCAACAACCUCAAAGACAACAACAGUUGUAUAGGUUCCAAUACCAAUCUCAUAAUCUUGCCUUUAAUGAUCAUCCAAAUAUGAGAUAUGGUACCUCUGAGCAGCAACAACAGCAACAUACUAGCCAACCAAGUAAUGGCUAUAGACCACCCCCUAUGAGGCAGCAGUAA